CUCCCACGCUUUAUAGAGAAGGAAUAACGUAAUCUGAAAGUGAAACCCUAAAUAUAUGCCAUGGCUUCACGCUUUGCCAUCCUGCUCCUCUCUUUUCUCCUCAUUGCGACGUCGUUUAGAUGCUCAAUCGCCGAUGCUGACGUCAAUGAAGGCGCCGUCGGGAGCGACGAUCUUGUGAUCCGGCAAGUCGUGGACCACGGAGAAGACGAAGUCGUCGGCGAGAACUCGUUGCUGAACGCCGACCACCACUUCGCGAUCUUCAAGAGGAAAUUUGGGAAAACGUACACUGAUAAGGCGGAGCACGAUUACAGAUUGUCGGUCUUCAAGGCUAACAUGCGCCGCGCGGUCCAACACCAGAAGAUCGACCCCUCGGCUGUCCACGGUGUCACGCAAUUCUCCGAUCUCACCCCGAGAGAGUUCCGCAGCCGAUUCCUCGGCGUCAAUAGGCGGCUCCGCCUCCCUUCCGACGCUCACAAGGCGCCGAUUCUGCCGACGAAUGAUUUACCUGCGGACUUUGAUUGGAGAGAUCGCGGCGCUGUUACGGCGGUGAAGAAUCAGGGUUCCUGUGGAUCUUGUUGGUCGUUUAGCACCACAGGAGCUUUAGAAGGUGCCAACUUCCUUGCGACAGGAAAUCUCGAGAGCCUCAGCGAACAACAGCUUGUCGACUGUGAUCACGAGUGUGAUCCAGAAGAAAAAGAUUCAUGCGACUCAGGCUGCAACGGUGGACUGAUGAAUAGUGCUUUCGAAUACACACUUAAAGCUGGUGGACUCAUGCGAGAAGCUGACUAUCCAUACACGGGCACUGAUCGAGGAACUUGCAAAUUUGAGAAGACCAAAAUUGCUGCAAAGGUUGCCAACUUUAGCGUUGUAUCCCUUGAUGAAGAUCAAAUUGCAGCAAAUCUUGUCAAGAAUGGCCCUCUUGCCGUGGCUAUCAAUGCAGCUUACAUGCAGACAUACAUGAAAGGAGUCUCAUGCCCAUACAUAUGCACAAAGCGAUUGGAUCACGGUGUAUUGUUGGUUGGUUAUGGCGAAACUGGCUAUUCUCCAAUUAGAAUGAAGGAGAAGCCAUAUUGGAUUAUCAAGAAUUCUUGGGGUCCAAACUGGGGAGAAGAUGGCUACUAUAAAAUAUGUCGGGGCCGCAAUAUUUGUGGAGUGGAUUCCAUGGUUUCGACUGUUGCAGCUGUUAGUACUACUUCACAUUAGGACUUUAAUUUUUUACUCUCCACCUCAUUCAUGUACAUAGAGAGGUGUUUCUGCAUUUAUUUGUCUAACCAAAUGGACUGUGGUUCUUAUUUAUUUGGAACAAUUAAAAUUUAAUUAUUUAUGUUGGACGUUCUCUC